GGCUUAAUAUUGUUGUAAACAUGGCGGAUCUAACCUCUUCUUUCUGUUCACCUCGCCCUAGGCUGCCGAUCCGCUCAGUGAACAGAACGAACGGUGCAUUGAGGUCUAGAUGCUGCAAAGUACGAUGCGUGGCUGCUCCUGCACAAGAAGCCGUGACAACUGGUGUCAAGCGGAACGAGAAUAUUCAGAAGCUGCAGGCAGGCUACCUGUUUCCAGAGAUCGCAAGGCGGCGAAGGGCGCACCAGGAGAAGAACCCGGAUGCGAAGAUCAUCAGCCUGGGCAUUGGUGACACCACAGAGCCGGUGCCCAAGUCCAUUGCGGACGCCAUGCAGAAGGCCGCAGCAGGCUUGGCCACACUGGAAGGCUACAGCGGGUACGGUGCUGAGCAGGGUAGAGGGGAGGUUCGGCAGGCCAUCUGCGACAGGUUUUAUUCCCACGUCGGCCGCAAGGCAACUGAGAUCUUUGUGUCAGACGGAUCAAAGUGCGACAUCGGCCGGCUACAGAUGAUGUUUGGCGCCAGUACCUCAGUGGCUGUUCAGGACCCUUCUUACCCAGUGUACGUAGACUCAUCUGUCAUCAUGGGCAUGACUGAUGGAUAUGACGAGAGCAGCAAGGGCUUCGGCAGAUUGGAGUACAUGGUGUGCCGGCCAGAGAACGACUUCUUCCCAGAUCUAUCCAAGGUGCGGCCGACAGACCUGAUAUUCUUCUGCAACCCCAACAACCCAACGGGCGCUGCGGCCACGCGCAAGCAGCUGGAGGAGCUCGUUGCGUUUGCACGCAAGAACGGGUCCAUCAUCAUCUAUGACGCUGCCUACGCCAUCUACAUCUCCGACCCCGAGAGGCCGCAGUCCAUCUUUGAGAUCCCAGGUGCGGAGGAGUGUGCGCUGGAGACUUGCUCGUUCAGCAAGUACGCUGGCUUCACGGGGGUGCGUCUGGGAUGGACGGUGGUGCCGGAGCAGCUGCGCUACUCGGACGGCACACCGGUCAUCACCGACUUCAACCGCAUCAUGACCACCAUCUUCAACGGCGCCUCCGUCGUCGCCCAGGCCGGCGGCCUCGCCUGCCUGCAGGACGAGGGGUUCAAGGAGAUGCAGGAGCUUGUUUCCUUCUACAAGGAGAACGCCGCCAUCCUGCGCACAACCUUCAAGGACCUGGGCUUUUCUGUGUUCGGCGGGGAGGACGCGCCAUAUGUCUGGGUCGGCUUCCCUGGUAAGCCGUCCUGGGACGUGUUUGCAGAGAUCCUGGAGCGCUGCAACAUCGUCACCACCCCAGGCAGCGGCUUCGGCCCUGCAGGCGAGGGCUUCGUGCGUGCCAGCGCGUUCGGUCACAGGGAAGACAUCUUGGAGGCUGUGGAGAGGUUCAAGAAGGAGUUUGGGGGCCGAUGAUCAGGGCAGGAGCAUGCAACCCCUUCUGGGUUUGCGCGCAUGUCUUAUCGUCAGUGCUUCAUCAUGAUGAUCAUGAAUGAUUCUGUUUGGGCAACAAGUCAAUAACAAGUCUCGCAUUGCCGGGAUUGCUGUAGCUACCCGGUGCACCAUUGCGUUGUUUGGUUGGCUGGUGACCUGUUUUCAGCCUGUGUCUGGGUAAAUUCAGCCUCUGC